AGGCUUGGGUGUGCAGCUCUGCGCAGGCCUGUGGCACCCAAGCCUUGUUUUCCUUUCCUCCCUUUUGGAGCCUCAUUGUUAAGAGAAUAUGACAUCGGGGAGAGUUGCAGGACGAGCGUUGAAUGUGGGCAUUGUUCAGCACAUCAUUUGUCACGUCCUCUUUUCACUGCCAGUGUCUGAGGUCGAGGAGGAGUUUGCGUUUGCAGAGGAAACGUGAGGAGGACCUCAAGGAGCAGCUCCAACACCGCACUGAGCUAGGGGACACUCCGGCCGAGGAGAGAAUGGGAGCACAAACAAGAAAGCCAGAAGCCUUCGGCUCUUUGGAAACCUGCCAUGUGACAUUUGGCUGUCAGCGCUCCGCCAGAAGGUCAAACGGGGCCCCGGUGCACGUUUCAUGGAAAUGCAGAAGAGCAACAUCCAGCAGCACCCGGCUCUGUGCAGCGAGGCUGUGGGUGGCGUGCACGGGUUCGGCUGCCUGCAGCGGGCACCGUCUCAGGGCACGGCUCCCCGGAGGCCACAGCUGCAGGGCAGCAAGUUUACAGUGAGCAAACACAUUUUCCCCUGGAUGAAAGAGUCCAGAAGCUCAGACCAGAAAGCGACCAGGAGAAUAGCAGACUGCUCUCUCAACCAGAAGUGUGCAGGCGCGGCCCCGGCCUCCAGGCGGACGCGCACCGCGUACACGAGCGCGCAGCUGGUGGAGCUGGAGAAGGAGUUCCACUUCAGCCGCUACCUGUGCAGGCCGCGGCGGGUGGAGAUGGCCGGCCUGCUCAACCUCAACGAGAGGCAGAUCAAGAUCUGGUUCCAGAACCGCAGGAUGAAGCAGAAGAAGGACCAGAGGGCGCAGGGCCCGAGCGCGGCGUCCUGCUCGCCCCCGUCCUCCCCCUCCGCCGCGGGCAGCCCCACCCUGGCCAGCCUGGGCUACGUCCAUCUGGGCGGGGGCUGCCAGCAGCAGCAGGCCUCCCCUCCGCUCAAGCCCCAGCAGCAGCAGCAGCAGGCCCAGUCCACAUACCGGCCAACUUAUUCCAAAUAUCCAGCUGCGGAUUUCCCGCAGUUUGAUGUGCAAUACGACCCGCACGACACCUCACACAGCACACACCCAGAGCUGGCAGCGGAUGACCUGGACCGGCCGUACUUCUCACAGAGCUGCGCUGCUCAGGACAGAAUCCUGCAAGCUCCAAAACUGACUCAUCUGUAGCGCAGGACCCUGAUGAAGCCCAGCUGCUCGUUGCAUGCGUCUUUAUUAUUUAUGUAUUAGCCUGAUAAAUCAAAAUGU